GGAGCUGCUCUCCUAAGCAUGAGGGGGAUCACGCUUUCCUCCCUCUGCUUACUGAUGCACCUGCUUCAGGAUGAAAUAAGCACGAUUUUAGUCCUGGAAAAUGAAGACCUGCAAGACUCCAUUAAGCCGCAGAAGGUAGAAUUUUAUUCACUGAACUUCAACAACACCUUGCACUGGCAGCCUGGGAGGGCCGAAGAGGCAAAAGCCACGGUCUACUUUGUGCAGUAUAAAGUGUAUGGGCAGAGCACAUGGCAAAACAAAGAAGAGUGUUGGGGGGUUCAGAACCAUUUCUGCGACCUAACGGAUGAGACUGCUGACAUCCAGGAGCCUUACUACGGCAGGGUGCGAGCCGCUUCAGGUGGUGUCUACUCCGACUGGAGCCUCAGCUGCAGAUUCACGCCCUGGAGAGAAACUAUGAUAGGACCUCCAACAGUAAAUGUGGUUCACAGCAACAAAUCCAUCACAGUAAAGCUCCAGGCUCCACGUUCUCCUUAUAGAAGGAAGAGAGGCAGCACAAUACCAAUGACAAAUUAUUAUGAUCUGCUGUACCAAGUCUUCAUAAUUAACAAUUUGCUAGAUGAGCAACACAGAGUCCUGGUGUAUGAAGGAAAAGACAAAGUGGUUAAAAUAGAAGAUUUGAGACGUGGAGUCAGCUACUGCGUCGUGGCUAAAACUUACGUGCCAACACUGGACCGCAGCAGUGCCUACAGCAGCAGGCAGUGCACCAUGCUGCUGUGACGGGGCAGCCGCCGCUGAGGCAGUUACAGGGAUAAAGGUGGAAGAUGCCCCUCAUUACGGAUCCAGCUGUAAAUUGACAUCUGUGGUCUAGAACACGGCUGGACUACAUUCGUGGAUGCUUUUUAAAUUAACCCUUGCUGCAUUAAAUUAUCCAAUUCACCACAAUCAGUUUAUGUUACACAAAGUCCAAGGAUUCUUUGUAUAUCUUAUAGAACAAUUUAAGAUAGCACAUAUUUGUACUUACAAGGUAAAUAGCCUUGUAUUGUAAUAAAAAAUUGCAAAAAGUACUUGUGAAAAUAUCCUUAAGA